UAUUUUUAUUAUUUCACCUCAAAUCUGAAUAAAUAUUAUUUCAAGGAUGUUAUUAAUGGUCCAAUGUAAAACUAGUAAAUUGUCCCAACUUGCUUUUGCUGAGAUCAUAACAUUAUGUUAUUUAUUCAAGUUGUUAUGUUGCCCAUGCCUAUUAAGAAAUCAUUUUCUUUCAAUACAAAAAUUUUCCAUGCAUAAAAAAGAAAAAGGUUGUGAACAAUUGAAGUUACUAUAUUUAUUUUUUUAUAUUCGGUUCGCCAUAUCCUUGGCCUUAGUCAUCAGUCAACUUGUAUAAAAGCAUCAAUCAACCCCUCCCUAUUUAUGUCCCUAACAAAAUCUUGAGUUCUCAUGAUUUGUGAGAACAAGGGAAGUCUGGAAAUUCCUUCUUUAAAGUCAUAACUCAAUGCAAUCACAUUCAUUGUCAUUUUUUUUCUCAAUAUGGCAGGUACAAUUUCCUGAACUUAGGUCGAUGGAUCUCUUCCACAUGGACAAUUUAAGCAAAAUAUGGACUGACACUCCUCAAGAAACUCUUACUUUUGAUUGUUUAUGGAAAGUGGAGGUUCGGAAUUGUAAGGGCCUUGAAAAUUUGUUUCCGUAUUGGGUGGCUACAAGUUUAACCCACCUUGGAAAACUUCAAGUGGAGUCUUGUGAGAUCGAGGAAAUAGUCGCUAAUGGAGGUGACACUCCACGCUCCAAUACUACCCAAAAUCUUUUCCCAGAACUAACCUCUUUGGUGUUAUGUGACAUGCCACGACUCAAGAGUUUCUAUCCUAACUUGCCCACUUUGCAUUGGCCAUUAUUGAAGGAAUUAUGUGUGACUCACUGUGACAAACUGAACAUGUUAUCCUUUACGGCAUCCAUGAACAGUUGGGCUCAAAAAUAUGAUCAACAAGACCUUUCAAAUCAAGAAGCACACUCUUCAUUUGAGAGGGACUUUCCCAACUUUGAGAGACUUUUAUUAGUCAAUAACAAUAUUCAUAUGAUACAAGAUGGAAAUUUUCCCGAUGAUAUCUUUAGCAAACCAAUAGCACUAACACUGGCAUGCUUUCAUGAUGAAAAUGCCAUCUUUCCUUCCAUAUUCCUCCUAGAGAGAUUUCAGAAUCUACAAAGGCUUGAGGUAUUAUGUAGCUCCUUUGAAGAUAUAUUCCCGGACGAAGGGCUUGUUGAAGAGGGGAAACAUCCGGUGCUUGAAAAUUUAAGAAAAAUUAAGUUAAACAAGCUACACAACCUGAAGCGUGUGUGGAGAGAAGACUCUUUAGUGUCGAAAAUUCUUCAAAGCAUCAAAAAAUUUGAGAUUUGGGAUUGUCCCUGUUUGACGACAAUAUUUCCAACUGUGGCAUCCUUCCAGAAUCUGACGGAGUUAGUGGUGAAGAAUUCCUCUGGAUUGGUACAUCUAGUAACAGUUUCAACGGUCACAAAUUUGAUGCAUCUCAAUACCAUGACUAUAAUAGGAUGUGAAAAAAUGAAGGAAGUAGUGUCUAAUGAUGGAAACGGAGAAGGAAAAGUGAUUUCUUUUGGAAAUCUACGCUAUUUGAAACUCCAAGAUCUGCCAAGCCUAGAAUGCUUCUCCUCCAUCUUGAGUUGCACCUUCAAGUUCCCAUGGUUACAUAGUAUUGAAGUGGAAGAGUGUCCGAAAAUGAAGACCUUUUCUAAGGGUACGCUAAGCACACCAAAACUAAGUUGGCGGUAUAGUUCGAGUAAGCCUGUUCAGAUACAAGUGGGAAGGAGGGAACUGGGAGGAGGGUGA